GGGUUGCGUCUUGUGCCCUCUCUGCAGGUAUCCUCUCCUCCGCUCUGCAACCAUGGCCACCUCAGCAAGCUCCCACCUGAGCAAAGCUAUCAAGCACAUGUACAUGAAGCUGCCGCAAGGCGAGAAGGUCCAGGCCAUGUACAUCUGGAUAGAUGGGACUGGGGAGCACCUUCGCUGCAAAACUCGCACACUGGACCAUGAGCCCAAGAGCCUCGAAGAUCUCCCCGAGUGGAAUUUCGAUGGCUCCAGCACUUUCCAGGCUGAAGGCUCCAACAGCGACAUGUACCUGCGGCCUGCUGCCAUGUUCCGGGACCCUUUUCGCAAGGACCCAAAUAAGCUAGUUCUCUGUGAGGUCUUCAAAUACAACCGGCAGUCGGCAGAGACAAAUCUCCGACACACCUGUAGGCGGAUUAUGGAUAUGGUGUCCAACCAGCACCCCUGGUUUGGGAUGGAGCAAGAGUACACUCUUCUGGGGACAGACGGGCAUCCAUUUGGCUGGCCUUCCAAUGGCUUUCCUGGACCCCAAGGUCCAUACUACUGUGGCGUAGGGGCAGACAAAGCCUAUGGCAGAGACAUCGUGGAGGCCCACUACCGAGCAUGCCUUUACGCUGGAGUGAAAAUCGGUGGAACCAAUGCAGAAGUGAUGCCAGCCCAGUGGGAGUUCCAGGUGGGACCAUGUGAAGGGAUUGAGAUGGGAGAUCACCUCUGGAUUGCACGAUUCAUCCUCCAUCGAGUAUGCGAAGACUUUGGGGUCAUUGUGUCCUUUGAUCCCAAACCCAUCCCUGGGAACUGGAAUGGUGCUGGCUGUCACACCAACUUCAGCACCAAGAGCAUGAGGGAAGACGGAGGUCUCAAGCACAUCGAAGAGGCCAUUGAGAAGCUGGGCAAGCGUCACCAGUACCACAUCCGCGCCUAUGACCCCAAAGGGGGGCUGGACAAUGCCAGGCGCCUGACAGGCUUCCACGAGACCUCCAGCAUCCAUGAGUUCUCCGCUGGUGUGGCCAACCGCGGCGCCAGCAUCCGCAUCCCCAGGAAUGUGGGCCAUGAGAAGAAGGGCUACUUCGAGGACCGCCGGCCUUCUGCCAACUGUGAUCCUUACGCUGUGACGGAGGCCCUUGUCCGCACGUGUCUCCUCAAUGAAACUGGAGACGAGCCGUUUGAGUACAAAAACUAAGCGGACUGUGCCUACAGACACCGCCUUCCCCCCACAGUUCCUAUGCCCCUAAAAUUCCCUUCUAGAUGUAAUUCUGAGGGCACAAGAUGCCGUGUUUCGUGUCCCAAUAACUCUUGUUGUCUUGAGGUGGGGGAGGAGGGAGAGUUUAGUUUUAUCAAUAUCUGUUUGUCAUUGACUUCAAAAGACAGGAGGAGAGGGUGUUAGAAAACUUUUAACCACUGUUUUUUGUCUAAUUCAUCUGUACAUCUGAUGGGGAUCCACUGGCUUCCAGGGA